UGGUCUCGUCCACUCCGGUUUUGAGCCGUACCGCCUCCCAUCAGCCUUCGCUUGUGAGAUCUGAGGCUUGUGAAAGCUGAUCGCACGCUCACAAUGUCAAAGAACGGUGGAGAAAAGAAACCAUGGGACCCUGAGGUUGAACAUAUUCGCAAGGAACCGCGACCGCAGAGCUUGAGCGAGCCGCUACCGCGGACAAAAUUGCCCAAAGAGCUCCAGGCAACACUAGAUGACGAUGAGAAGCUGUGGGAGGUUGUGUAUGAGGGAAGAGCAGGUGAAUCGACCGACUCUUCGGUCCGCUACGCCGGUUACGCCGCACGCUUUCGCACCAUACUUCUUGCCGCCCACCGCUAUGUGGCCUACACAUCAGAUAUAGGCGAGUCCUUCCGGCCUGUUGCCCACCCAAUUGCCGUUCGGGCUGCAUAUGGAAUAUCCUGGGCGUACAUCGGCGGCGAUGUCUUGCACGAGGGAUACAAGGCAUACGUCCGCAAUCAAAAGAUCCUGCACCCCGAGAAGCGUACCGUUGAAGACGAGGUGCAACUUGAAAUGAGUGGCAAGGUGCCUGAACCGGCGCUAGAGCAUAGUGUGGGGGGGACGGGGACGCUCCAGGGCGUUCCUGGGAAGGUCAGAGCGAUCGACGACUACAGGACUGUGAUGGCGCAAAGAGCGGUGUUUCAAAGCAUAGCGAGUAUGGGGCUGCCGGCUUUCACCAUACACAGUAUCGUGAAAUACAGCGGAAAGGCCAUGAGGAAUGUAAAGAACGUGAAGCUGAGGACGUGGGGUCCGAUUGGCCUCGGUCUCUCCGCAGUGCCGGCACUACCGUACCUCUUUGAUCAGCCUGUGGAACACGCCACGGAAUGGCUCUUCCAUACAGCAUUUAGGGCACUAGGAGGUCCGGAGGCAGUGGGGGAACGACCUGGUACCAGUACACAUGGCACUGUUAAGGAGAAGGAGUUAUAAACACGUCGACGACCAUACGGCGAAGGUCAAGAUCAGAUAGAAGCAUGGCGUUCUUUGGAUCCCGCCUUCCCGAGUCAGGAGCGCUCACAACAGAUGUAGGACUGCAGAAGAAUUAGAAAAGAGAUAAGAUGGACAAUCUCUGCUCGUGGCCCAUACCCUUUUUGGGGGUGAUACACUGUACAUUAGCAUCCUAAACCGUUGUUAUCGUAUGUUCAUCCAAGCAACAGGGGUCUCGCGACUGUUGUUCAUGCACGAGACCUGAUGGGACGUGCAGGUCAACGGAGAAAACAGCGGAAGAUGAGCAAUUCACAUUCUCACGCCCUUCUCGAAUCCGUGUAUACUUCAUGUUCAAACCAGGCAUAAACCCGCGCUGUCAUGCGAAGACCUGAGGUGCAGAAGAUCUGCAAAGACCCAACAGGAUGAUGGACAAAUUAUGAAUUGGCAUCCUCCCAAGCUUUCCAAGGUAUUAGCAAAUCAGACCACGUGCACUUGAAC